UCUCAAGACCAUUGACAGAAGAGUGCAGCGUCAUGUACAGUCAGAGAUGGGGCAGGAUACUGUGAAUGAUGCUGAUGCUGCAAGUAACACAAAUCCCACGACACAUUUCCAUAGUUACCUGCAUGGUGGUACAUCCAGCCUGGUAUCCAGCACCCUAACAACUUUCGCAAUAUUUCCCCUACACAAGAUUGUCUUCCGCCAACAGCUGCACAAUACAGUUGUACGAGAGGCUGUAGCUCAACUCUAUGGGGAGGGGUUGCGCAAGCUUUACCGUGGUGUUGCUCCUCCUCUUUUAAUUCGGACACUCCAAGGCACACUGUUAUUCGGCGUUCAGGACAGCCUGCAUCAUCAUUCCUCUCACUUGGUCCAAGAGCACUUCCCCAGACCUCUGCUCCAGGCCGCAGCAGGUGUGGGCACUGGUGUGGUAAACGCUCUGGUGUUCACCCCGUUUGAACGUGUGCAGAACGUACUCCAGAACGGCAGAAACGACCACCGCCUCCCAACCCACUGGAGCGUCCUGGUGCGUUUGAACUCUGAGCCGCUUGCCCUCGGGUUCUACCGAGCCCUGCUGCCCAUCAUUGCCCGCAAUGCCCUGGGCAAUGGCCUCUACUUUGGUCUGAAAAACCCAGUGAGAGAUGCCUUGGACCAGCAGGGUCUUUCCCUCUCGGCCUCCUCAUUCAUCUCAGGUGCGGUCAACUCCCUGGUCAUCAGUCUGUCACUCUACCCGCUCUUGGUGCUGGUGGCCAACAUGCAGGCUGGCGUGGGGCAGGAGGAUGUUGGGGGCGGGCUGAAGGCGAGUGCCCGCAAGCUUUGGGUGGCUCGUCAGCGUAGCGUAGCGCUGCUGUACCGCGGAAGCUCUCUGGUCAUCCUGCGCUCCUGUGUCAACUGGGGCAUCAUCACGGCCACCUAUGACUGGCUGGAGAGAGGCUGAACCACAAAACCGUGAGACAAAACUACACCUGGUGGAUGAGACAAAGACAAGCAGAAAUGUAGUACCAACUAUAAAAGUGCACCCAUCUAUUAACAUGCAUACAAAUGUACUGUACAUGUAAGACAACUAAUGCGGUAUCUUAAUUUACUAGCUAUAGCUCUAGAAGGACUACUUAUUGUUAUCAUUUCAUGUGUAUUGGACUAAAGGUUUACCACAGUGAGAGAAAGUGGAGUUGAUCAUUAUGUCCAAUAUUCUAUAUGUGGGUCAAUGUUCUGCACUAGGCCCCAUACUCCAAUGUGUGGUUUAAAACUGUGUCUUUCUCACUAGUGGGUCACUUUGAUACUAAAAGUUAUUCUAAUGGCCCUGCAUGAUGUCUGUACUGUUCCUAAACAUGGAUAAUAUUAAGGACCAACAGUAUUAUUGGACCAGGGAUUGAUGCAGUCCAUGUGCAGGACUCAAAUUGUUGCACCUCUGUGCUCUUAUGCCAGCCCUUAUCCAUUGGUGAAUCUCUCUCCAAGGAAACAGAAGGAAUGUUUGGCAGUACUGUAAGAUCAACAUGCCUCUGAUUGUCUGUGUUGCCUUCUUUUUGAAGAUGCUUCUAUCCAUGACUGCCGUGACGUAGUUUCAGGUGAGCAUUCAUAACAGAAAUGUAUCUGAUGCGGCACUGCUGUGGCCAUUCACUGUCUCUUUUGGCUGAAAACGCUUCCAACAUGCUUGUCUCUCAUGUGCUGCAAACACAUGUAUUUUUACCGUGAGAAGCAAGCGAGACAGUGAAGUAAAGAGACUGUAAAGAAAUGUUUUAAUUGUUAGGCUAGCCACAGCAGGGCAGCAUCAAAGAGAUUUCUGGUAUGAAUGUUGGUAUGAAUUGGUAUGGAUGUUGUGAUGGAUCUGUUUAGUGUUGGCCAGAUCUGGGAAAAUGAAACGGUCAGUGUCGGUUUUCAGUGAGUGGAAGAAGGAAGUGCCUUCUGAGGUGUGCCACAAAAAUGAUGGUAUACUGUAUCUGUGAGUAAGCCUUUAAAAUAAAUUAUAUGAGAUAUUUGACAUUUAAUAAACAACAAAUGUAUAUGAGA